AUGGCCGGAAUCAGGUUGCCGCCAGAGGAUGCAGACGUCUCGCAGGCGACGCGGCAGGUGGCUGCCGUAGAUCUGAUCUCCGACGACGAUCGGUCCGUGACCGCAGACUCCUGGUCCAUUAAGAGCGAGUACGGCAGUACUCUCGAUGACGAGCAGCGCCACGCUGAUGCCACCGAAGCCCUCUCCGUUGCCGCCUAUCGUGCCCCCUCCGAAUACAGUUCUGACAAGGAGGAGCCAGAUGCUGAAGCGGUUUCAUCAUUGCUGGGUUUUCAGAGUUAUUGGGAUGCCACAUAUGCUGAUGAGUUGGCGAAUUUUCGGGAGCAUGGUCAUAUUGGUGAAGUUUGGUUUGGAGCUGAUGUGAUGGAAAUUGUUGCUUCUUGGACCAAAAACUUGUGUAUUGGAAUAUCUCAACGUCACUUGCCAAAUCAUGUAGAUAAUGAAAAUAAUUUGUCUGCUGGAGAGCCUGAAAAGGAGUUGUCUAACUGGAGUGUGCUGGACGUUGGGACUGGUAAUGGUUUGCUUCUUCAGGAGUUUGCAAAGCAGGGGUUCUCUGAUCUCACUGGAACGGAUUAUAGUGAAGGAGCAAUAGAUCUAGCUCGAAGCCUUGCCGAUCGUGCUGAAUUCACCAAUAUUAAGUUCUUGGUUGAUGACAUUCUGGAUACCAAAUUAGAUAAAAAGUUUCAGCUUGUCAUAGAUAAGGGAACUCUAGAUGCCGUUGGAUUGCAUCCUGAUGGUCCUUUCAAAAGGUCAAUGUAUUGGGACUCCAUCUCGAGUCUUGUGGCUUCUGGUGGAUUAUUGGUUAUCACGUCAUGCAACAGUACGAAAGAUGAGCUGAUACAAGAGGUGGAGGCUUUCAAUCAAAGGAGUGGCACGUCUCCAGAAUCCGACACUGCUGUUGACGUAGAAGCUUCCAGAGAUCCCUCUCCAUUCCAAUACAUUGACCAUGUUCAGUCAUAUCCAACAUUUACUCGAAGGGAAAGGUGUCUGACAUAUCACCAAGGUGUACGGGUGCAAGGUGGUGUUGGUGAUACAUUUAUGUAUCAUACAAAUUCUUCGCAUGGUCACAUUGGUGUUUAUGUAAGGUGCGAGGAAUCAGGUUGGUGCGGGCUCGUACCUUCGUGGCUUCGCAUAAGGUGCAAGGAAUCAGUCUAUGACUAUGAAGCUCGUCAUGACCAAUGUAUGCAUAAGAAUUUGAUGCGAUAUAUAGUAUUAAAAUUGCUUGGAAACCCUGUUCGGAGAGGCGGAACAGACUGUCCUCCAUCGUCUUUAAUUGAGGUGCUCUGGAUCGGGGUACAUUUGACCUAA